UCUGCUCCGAUGGGGAAGAGCUCCGCCAUCGACGGCGAUCACCUCCGCUUCGACCUCGCAGACUCCCUUCGCCAUAGCGGUGACUCCACCCGGAUGCCAUUUUUCGGUCGCCGGAGAUCCGGCAACACCUGGGUCGUCUCCCUCUUCCUCGUCGUCCAACUCGUCGUCUUCGUCUCCACCAUGCUCAUCAACGAUUGCCCCCACCGUUCCUCUGGUGACUGUCUUCUCCGAUCCCUUGGCCGUUUCUCAUUCCAGCCACUCCAUGAGAACCCUCUCCUUGGGCCUUCCGCUUCCACCUUGGUUAAAAUGGGAGCCAUUCAAAGGUCCAGGGUUAUUCAACUUCACCAAAGAUGGCGUCUUCUGAUAUUUCCAUGGUUAAAUGCCGGUGUUAUUCAUCUGGUUUUGAAUCUCUUGAGCACAUUGCUAUUUGGAAUCCAUUUAGAGCAGGAAUUUGGUCCAUUGAGGACCGGAAUCAUCUACCUGCUCUCUGCUUUCCUUGGCAGUGUGGUUUCUGCACUUUUUGUACAGAAUGCUCCUGCAGUCGGAUCUUCUGGUGCACUAUUUGGGCUUCUUGGUGCCACAUUGGCUGGUCUCAUUCGAAAUCGGAAGAUAUAUGAUAACAAGCUCAUUGCAGUGGUGACACUAGCAUCUGCUUUCAUGGCCAACUUCUUCAUUGGUUUGUUACCAUAUGUUGACAAUUUCUCAAAUAUAGGAGGCUUCUUAACAGGAAUUUUUCUUGGUUAUGCACUCCUCUAUAAUCCCCAACUAUCACAGUUGGAACGACAGAAAGGUAUAUUUGACUAUGAUUCAAAGAGUUCAGUAAAGUUGAAGCAGAAGUUAGAUAAGCCAGCAUUGAGGAUUGUUGCAUUGCUUUGCUUCAUUGCAAUUUUUUCAGGAGUUAUGGUAGUAUUUUUCUAUGGAAUUGAUGCGAGCAGUUAUUGCUGUUUCUGCCACUACAUUGAUUGUGUUCCUACGAAGUUCUGGAGCUGCAAUGAGAAGGCUACCCUCUGUCAGGCUGUGGUGAGUGAUAGGAAGCUUACUCUGACUUGCAUGGCGACCGCUGAGUUCCGGUCAUUCCCAUUCACCAACAUCUCACCAACAAAGAUCAAAGACUUGUGCAGGCUGAUUUGCUCUACCACAUAAUCCUGUGCUUCUUGUGUUUGUUAACAUGUUUUACUGACACGAAUGUUCCCUAAAAUCACCUCAAAACUUAAAAUGUGAAGAUGAUGAUUUUGGUGCAGAAUCACUGAAAUCUCAAACCUGUUUUUUUCUGUCGUCUUUGUAUGUACAUUUUGUUCAGUUCAUUACAUGUAAAUGGAAUUUGAGUAAUGGAUAUAUGUU